AUGUCCGUUUCUAACGAGGUUUAUGCGGAAGGCCGCCGUAGUGUAAGGGAGAGCGUACUUCACUAUGUCGCUCAGCGAAUGACGGUUGCUAGGACAACCGCGGUAAGCGAGCGGGGGCGCUUUUGGAUUCUUGCUCUGGGUGUCUAUUCGUGCAUCUGUGCUUCAACCGGUUAUGUGUAUAACCUUUUCUCUGGAGAUCUUCAAAAGAAGUACAACUUCAGCCAGAGUGACAUGACCACCAUAACAACAAUAUCAGGAAUUCUGAGUAUUGUGGUGUUCCCGUUAGCAAUUGUUUAUGACUACUUUGGGCCUCGGCCUUUGUUUAUAGUUGGAACGGUGGCGUUCCCCCUUGGCUCGAUCCUCUUUGCGAUGGCAUUUAAGGAUAUGUUCCAAGGGUCAAUUAUCCUUUUUAUUAUCUUUUGUACAUUGCAAAGCGUUGGUAACAGUAUGUUCGACAUUGCGGGACUCAUGACCGUCAUGAGCGUGUUUCCAAGUAGUCGAGGGGCUGUAAUUGUGGUGAUGAAGACCUUUAUUGGUCUCGGAUCGGCCAUACUUGGUGUCAUUCAGAUGGGGUUUUAUGAAAAUGAUAUCGCUGGUUUUUUUUAUUUUAUGUCUGCAUUUGUAUUCAUCUCUGGAAUUUUAUGUACGAUUUUUAUUCGUCUUCCACCGUAUGAGCUCACCAAGUACGACGAAACACAUUUGAGUGAAACCGAUAAGCGGAAGCGGAUUGCCACAAAGAGGGCUUAUUUUGAGCAGGUGCCGCCAUUCAGACGCUUUGCAGUAGGAUAUCUUCUUGUUGGGAUCAUUUCCGUCUUUUUAACCGUGCAAAGCACUCUGGUUGCCUACGUAGACUUGAGUCACACUUGUAAGAUCACCUUUGCGAUUAUUACGAUUGUGGUUUUACUCAUGUAUAUGGUUAUUGCGUUACCAAUUCGCUGGUUGGACGGUGGAAGUGAUGCGAUUAUAGAACGUAUUCGAGAUAGCGAGGCCAACUUUGAGAGCGGCGUGACGUCCCCACGGCAGCCGACCCCAUCUCAAGCAUUACAGCGCGCCAGCGCGAGAAUGAGUCUGAUCCUUGCUUCAACAAGGGGAAGCAUUCGCGAGGAGACUGUGUUUCGAAUGCCAAUUAUGGAUGAAUCCGAACACAUCGCACCACAGUAUCAGACAACGUUUAUCGAGAGUUGCUUUACUCUUAAGCUUUGGGCUCUUGCAUAUUCCCUUUUUUGCGUUAUUGGUGCACAGGGGGUCAUUAUCAUGAACGCGCGUUUCAUUUAUGAGUCGGUUUCAGGUAAGCCUAUUCGUGAUGAAAUGGCCACACUAUUGACAGUUAUCAAUGGCACCGGGAGUGGCCUUGGGCGCAUUUUUAUGGGUUUUUUUGAGGUGUGGACACAAAAGCGAAAGCCUGAAGAACGUAUUCCUCUCACCAUAUCGUUGCAUAUUCCAACUGUUGCUGUGCUAGUUUCAUCUCUUUUGCUUCUGGUCGUGAACGAGAAUUUUCUAUUGGUACCCUUCAUUUUGACCGCACUUAGCAACGGCUUCAUUGCAGCUAUAAAUGUACUUGUAAUACGCACAAUGUACUUGAAGGAUAUAGCCAAUCAUUAUAACUUUACAUCUAUCGCCUCUCUCGCGGCUUCCAUUUUUGUAAACAAAAUGCUCUAUGGUGAUUGGUAUACUAAAGAAGCGGAGAAACAGGGAGGUACCAUUUGCUAUGGUCGUGAGUGUAUUUUUGUUCCAUUUCUUGUUAUAAGCCUUCUUGUAGGUUCCGGUAUUGCCACCAACUUUUACGUGCACUACCAAUACCAAGCAUACUGCAAUGCCGUUUUGGAAGAGCGCAAACAGCCACAUGAUCCUGUCACCGAAACCAUCCAUGAUGAUUCUAUUGGCGAAUCCCAGCCUCUGCUACUGAAUAUCUAG